CUAAUCUCUCUCCCUCUCUCUCUGAUUAAUAACAGUCUCAGUCCAGAACCCACCACCAGCAUUGGCUUUUUGCCUUUUGUUCUGUGCUUCUCGCAAUUGUCUAUGUCUGCUGCUUCUGCUCCCUCUGCUCAGUACUGCAAAUGGGGGAGGAAUCAUACUUUGAAUUUCUUGUUAUUAUCUGAUCUUCGUUCCAUUUUUUCAUGCUUUAGCUUUCCAUCCGAACAUGAAUUCCUUUCUUAUUUGUUUCAUUUCCUUUCCAUUUCUUAUCAUCUUUUAGCUUUCUGGGUGCCCCUCUAUGUAUGAAUUUCUUUUUCUUUGGGACUUCCUCUUCCACUUUUUUCAAGUUCUAGUCAUGUGGACACCCCUCAAAUUGUGAAUUUCUUCUUGUUAUCCCAUCUGCAUCCAUUUUUCUUUUCGUGUUUUCGCCUUGUGGCUGGCUAUUCUUUUCAACUCAUUCCACUUCUCUGUAUUCUCUUCCUUGCUGGUCGGCGGGAAGCGGGUUGUACUUGUCUUCGGCUUCUUUGAAGAAUAUUGGUGUUCAUGGAAAUUGAUUUGAACCAUGCAAUCAAAGACGGGGAGAAGAGCUCAUGUUGUCCAGGAGAUUGUGACAAGGGCGGUGGUGUUGCUGGCUGUUCUAUGUCUUCCCCAUCUUCUUGUUGCUCCUCAACCUCUUCCGUCUCUUCUGUAUCUUCUUCAACAUAUUUGGAGCUUUGGCAUGCAUGUGCUGGUCCUCUUACCUCUUUACCAAAGAAAGGGAGUCUGGUUGUCUACUUCCCACAGGGCCACUUGGAGCAAGCUGCUUCCUACUCACCGUUUCCAUGCUUGGAAGUACCCACCUUUGGUCUCCAACCUCAGAUCUUCUGCAGGGUUGUCAAUGUUCAACUACUUGCUAACAAGGAGAACGAUGAGGUCUAUACACAGGUGACACUCUUGCCUCAACCAGAGUUAGGAGAGAUGAGUAUGGAGGGCGAAGGACACGAGGAGGAUGUCGGGGCGGAGGAAGGUGGACAUUUGCCCCGAAAAUCAACUCCUCACAUGUUCUGCAAGACGCUUACAGCCUCCGACACGAGCACCCAUGGUGGCUUCUCUGUCCCUCGUCGAGCUGCAGAAGACUGUUUCCCGCCAUUGGAUUAUAAACAGCAAAGGCCGUCUCAGGAGCUCAUUGCCAAGGACCUUCAUGGAGUUGAAUGGAGGUUCCGUCAUAUUUACAGAGGUCAGCCUCGGCGGCAUCUGCUCACCACAGGCUGGAGUAUUUUUGUUAGCCAAAAGAAUCUGGUUUCUGGAGAUGCUGUGCUCUUUCUGAGGGGUGAAGAUGGAGAGCUGAGAUUGGGAGUUAGAAGAGCUUCCCGACCUAGAAAUGGUCUUCCUAAUUCAAUUGUUGGGAACCAUAAUAUGAAUCUCAAUGUUCUCUCGCCAGUGGCUAACGCAAUAUCCACCAGAAGCAUGUUUCAUGUCUUCUACAGCCCAAGGGCAAGUCCUGCAGAGUUUGUCAUACCUUACCAAAAAUAUGUUAAAAGCAUCAGGCAUCCAGUAUCUAUUGGGACAAGGUUCAAAAUGAGAUUUGAAAUGGAAGAUACACCAGAGAGAAGAAUUUUGGAUAUUUUCCCUUUUUUUGGCAGAUGCAGUGGUGUAGUGACUGGGAUGGGUGAUCUGGAUCCCCAUAGAUGGCCUAAUUCAAAAUGGAGAUGCUUGAUGAUUAGAUGGGAUGAAGAUAUUGCUAGAGAAAACCAAGAACGAGUUUCUCCAUGGGAAAUAGAACCAUCAAUUACGUUACCAGCUUUGAGCACCCCAUCUGCCCCCAGGCUGAAGAAACUACGGAUGAGUCUGCAGUCAACUUCACCCAAUAAUCAUGUUACUGCAGUAGGGGGUGGAUUUUUGGACUUUGAUGAGUCUCUAAGAUCCUCCAAGGUCUUGCAAGGUCAAGAAAAAGCGGGUUUCAUGUCACCACACUAUGAAGGUGAUAUGGUAAACCAUCCAGUGGGCUUUGAGGUGCAUAAUCCAGCAAACCAAAGUCUCAUGAUAACUGGCUCAGCAGCAACUGAUAUUGGCGGUUCUAUGCAAUCACAACCUACCACUUACACAGGCUUUGCGGAAUCCAACAGAUUCCAGAAGGUCUUGCAAGGUCAAGAAAUUUGCCCAUUGAGAUCCCUGCAUAAAAGAGCCGAGUUCAACCUUAAUGCUUGGGGGGAWAAUGAUCUCGGUUACAACAUGUACCAAGGACCCAACCCAUAUCACUACCCGCUUGCUCCAGAUGGCAUCAGAACCAUGUAUGUGCCAUUUAAUGACGUGUACAAAUCAAGCCAUAAUCCCAUCAUGCACCCAUACAUGACCAAUUWUCAGAGAGGGAGUUUCCACCCUUUAGUGUCUGCACAGCAAAAGUUCUUUGAUAUCAUCAGGGAUGAGGAGCGCCAUCCAGGUUCAAAUCAUACAGCAAAAGAGCUGAAGCCUCUAGAAAAUUUAUCUUCUCCUACCACUCAAGAUCUGGACCCAAAAGAUGAUGGGAAAGAUGAAAUUAUGAAUGGAUCCAAAACUGGCUGUAAACUGUUUGGGUUCUCCUUGACUGGAGAAACCCGAGUUCCCAACUCUCAGAGUUCUAAUAGAAGUUGUGACAACAUAAGCUGCAAUAGUAGCACAGUUGGAUAUUAAUUGCGUUGCUGAAGUUCUUCUCGCUCGUCCUAAAUAAACAAAGUGAAGGUUUACAAGAAAAGAAAGUUGGUGGGAGGAGGCGUUGAUUCGUCAAGACCGAAUGGCUAUUGAUGAUCUGCUGAAAGAACUGGAGCGGCAAUUCAACAUUGGAAGACCUUCUAAUUCUAAUAUAAAGGAUGGCUAGUUGUUUGCACAGUGAGAAUGAUAUAUGAUGAUCGUGGGUGAUGUUUUUUGACAGUGAGUUUCUCUAUCUUAUAUCAAGUUGCUUUGUCUACGUAUUACUUAUUGAAAUGAUCAACCUUCACCAUUUAUACUUGGACGGUUGGCAGCAAGUUAUUUAAUCCGGUAUAUAUGUAUACACCACACGAGGAAGUGUCAAGUGUGGAAGAUGACAAUUGGAAUGGUCAGUGAUGGUACUCAAUGUCAAAGUUGUUUGGAAGAAGCACCUGCAUUAAUGCUUGUAUUGAAAACUUGAAGUCUUUUUCGGUGGAGCAACCUGAUUCUUCUCCAACGGUAAUUAGGAUUUGACACUGUUUCUUU